AUGAGCAAAAUUAAGCUGCAUUGUUUCAACCCUCUGCAUAACUGUAAACGGCUAAUUCGUAAGCUUCAAACUCUUGCAAGUUCAACUUCAAGAGGCUCCCAUGAAUCUGGUUUGAUUGAUAAAAAUCGGAGCUUGGGUGGUUUGUCGAAAUCGGGCUCUGUAGAUGAGGCUCGUGUUGUGUUUGACAAAAUGCCUGAGAGAGAUGAGUUUACUUGGAAUGCAAUGAUUUCAACAUAUGCAGAAACAGGGAGGCUUGCUGAAGCAAGACAAUUAUUUGACAAGGCCCCAAACAAGAGUUCCAUUACAUGGUCAACAAUGAUUUCUGGAUAUUGUAAAUAUGGGGCUGAAAGUGAAGGCUUUGAGCUGUUUUGGGCAAUGCAGAAUGGGGGGCAUAGGCCGAGCCAAUCGACACUUGGAAGCAUUCUUAGAAUUUGCUCUAUCAAGUGUUUGCUUUUGAGAGGUGAACAGAUUCAUGGAUUAGCAAUCAAGACUGGAUUUGAUCAUAAUUUGUUUGUUACUAUCGGUCUUGUAGACAUGUAUGCAAAAUGUAUGCGUGUUGUGGAAGCCGAGAUUGUUUUUAAGAUGAUGCCAAGUGGGAAAAAUCAUGUUACUUGGACUGCAAUGAUCAUUGGGUAUUCCCAAAAUGGCAAUUCUUUAAAAGCUAUUGAGUGCUUUUGUGGCAUGAGAGCAGAUAGUGUUAAUGCCAACCAGUAUACAUUCCCUGGCAUUUUAUCCGCUUGUGCUGCAGUUUGUGAUUUAACGUUUUGA